CCAAUUUCGGCGUUCCCACACGAGGGAAGGCCGUGCGAAGGUUUUCUCACACCACGACACGACAGUGGUUUUCCUAAGGAUUUUCCUUCCAGAUGUUUUCACGUCUUAUAGCAAGACUAGCGAGAAACCCAAGUAGAAUCAAAUUUUGUACUUAUCCCGGAAAUUCAGUUCCCACCCUGGCUUCCUCUACGAUGAGUUCCAACAUGAGGUACAUCCUGGUGUCCGGAGGUGUGAUCAGCGGGAUCGGGAAGGGUGUCAUCGCCAGCAGUAUCGGCACCAUCCUCAAGUCCUGCGGGUUAAAGGUCACCUCCAUCAAGAUCGAUCCUUACCUCAACAUUGAUGCUGGGACAUUCUCUCCGUAUGAACAUGGGGAGGUAUUUGUGCUUGAUGAUGGAGGAGAGGUGGAUCUGGACCUGGGGAACUACGAGCGCUUCCUGGACGUGAAACUGACCCGAGACAACAACAUCACCACAGGCAAGAUCUACCAGUCUGUCAUCAGCAAGGAGAGGAAGGGAGACUACCUGGGCAAGACUGUGCAAGUUGUUCCCCACAUCACUGAUGCCAUCCAGGAGUGGGUCCAGCGGGUUGCUAAGAUACCCGUGGACGGGAAGGAUGAAGAACCACAAGUCUGUGUGAUUGAGCUUGGAGGCACCAUUGGUGACAUUGAAGGCAUGCCCUUUGUGGAAGCAUUCCGACAGUUCCAGUUCAGAGUGAAGAGAGAGAACUUCUGCUGUGUGCACGUCAGUCUGGUGCCUCAGCCCGGCUCCACAGGAGAACAGAAGACCAAGCCCACCCAGAACAGUGUGAGGGAGCUGAGAGGGCUUGGUCUUUCCCCAGACCUGGUUGUUGCUCGCAGUCAGAACCCGAUUGGGCAGGGUGUGAAAGAGAAGAUUUCCAUGUUCUGUCACGUGUCACCUGAUCAGGUGAUCUGUAUCCAUGACUGCAGCUCCAUCUACCGUGUACCUGUCAUGUUGGAGGAACAGAACGUCAUCCGCUUCUUCGCCGAGCGUCUCAACCUGCCCAUACCUACCGUCAACGGUGGAAAGCUGCUCCGCAAAUGGAGAGACCUGUCCGACAGAUUUGACCACCUGCGUAAGGAAGUGUCCAUUGCCCUGGUAGGGAAGUACACCCAGCUGGAAGAUGCCUAUGCCUCUGUCCUCAAGGCUCUGAAACAUGCUUCUCUAGCCUGUAAUCACAAACUUACACUCAGGUACAUAGAGGCUGCUCACCUGGAGGAAGAGAGCAUGCACUCCGACCCUGUACGCUAUCACGAGGCGUGGUCACAGCUCUGUAGCUCUGACGGUGUUCUUGUUCCUGGAGGCUUUGGUGUGAGGGGAGUUGAAGGGAAGAUUCGGGCUGCUGAGUGGGCCAGAAAAAACAAGAGACCUUAUCUGGGAGUGUGUCUGGGUAUGCAGGUGGCUGUGAUCGAGUAUGCCAGGAACAUUCUGGGGAUCAAGGAUGCCCACUCCACAGAGUUUGACCCUAAGACAGCGAACCCACUUGUGAUUGACAUGCCUGAACACAACCCUGGCAACAUGGGGGGCACCAUGAGGCUGGGCCAGCGCAGGACCAUCUUCAAGACAGAUGACUCGGUCCUCAGGAAGCUGUACGGUAAGCCAGAUUACGUUGAGGAGAGACAUCGGCACAGGUACGAGGUGAACCCUGAGUACGUGGACCAGCUGCAGAAGAAGGGACUGCACUUUGUUGGGCAGGAUGUGGAGGGGGAGAGGAUGGAGAUUGUGGAGCUGGAAGACCACCCCUACUAUGUUGGUGUCCAGUACCACCCAGAGUUCCUGUCUCGCCCGAUGCGCCCGUCCCCGCCCUACCAGGGGCUCCUCCUGGCGUCUUGCGGCAAACUGCAGUCCUACAUCUCCCGCGGCUGCCGGUACUCCCCGCGGGAAACAUCGUUCUACAGCGACACCAGUUCUGAGGAGGAUGAUCUUCCAUCUUUCCAAAGUCCGCCUCGUAACAACUCACAGUCCUCUGGAGCUGAAUAGGUCCCACACUGUAACCAUAUCUCCACUCUAACUGUUGUUUUUAGGGUCUACCGUACAGAUAAAAUUUGGGCCAUCUUAGACUUCCAAACUUCCUUCAUUUUUGAAAAGUAUAAUGUCCAGGAACUACAGAUCUGUUUGCUGGAUUUCUUCACAAUAUGACUUCGUGAAAACUUUUGAUUCCCAAGCAUAUCAACUAGUGUUGAAGUCUCUGCCAAUUUCAGGGUCUUUUCUAAUCUAUACCAGGUCAAAGACAAGAACAUCUUUAGUAAUUUGUAUAUGUGCCAUUUUUACA